CGCCCCGCUUAUAGGAGCGCGGCGGGUGCCGCAGGCGGGUCGCGGUAUGGCGAGGCCGCUGCCGCCGCUGUUCCUCCUCCUGGUGUUCCCGCUCCCGGCGCUGCUGCUGCUCCCGCCGCCUCCGCCAGAGAACGCUCUCAGGCCCCACUGCCCCCCGGGCCGCUUCCAGUGCCGGCCCGGCGACCCCUGCUUCCCCGAGGAAUGGCGCUGCGACGGGCACCCCGACUGCCAGGACGAGGGGGAUGAGCUGGGCUGCGGGACGGCGACACCGGACGGCGCCUGGGUGACCGCGCCGCGGAGCUCGGAGGUGCCACCCGCCGGCGCCGCAGAGGCUUCAGCUACGCCUGUGCCGGGGGGCUCUGUGCCAUCGAGGAGCCAAGGCCGCAUGUGGGUCUUGAUUAUUGCAGUGCUCCUCAGCAUCCUGGUAGCUGUGGGCUCUGUCAUUGUGUGGGGCCUGUCCAGAGCAAAAGGCAGAUCUGACAUCUUCAGUCUUGAAGGAGCAUCCAGGGAGCAGCUGGUGCCUGACAAGAGCCAGACGGGCUCAUUUCCCUGACAGGCGUCCUUACUAUAAGGUGAUAAGAUGGGACUGGCCUGGUCUCUGUCCUGCUCACCACAGAGGCUGACUGAAUUGGAAUGAAGCUCUCAAAUCUAUGUUUUUACACUGGAAUAACAAGAGAACACUCCCUUUGGAAAUGGGCCUUAGAUUGUGGGACUGGUUUGGCACUGGAAAUAGCACAGGACCUUCCCUGGUGGUGUGAAAUCACCCUGACAAUGGUUGUAAAAUUUCUUCAUUGUUCUUGCCGCCAUUGUUUUUAGUGCUGAUUCUCACUAGUGUGGCCUUGGACCCAAAUAUUUUACUCUCCAUGAAAUGAGAGGUGCUAGGUGCUAUUCAGCUUAUUCAGCUGUUUUCUUCCACUUCCAGCCAAAAGACUUUUUCCACCUGCCCCGUGCUCCCCCCUGGAUUUUUUCAGGGAAUGGGGACUUUCUCCUCCGUUUCAGUAGGAGCUCUCUGACUCCACACGGUUCACACACACAUCAGACUCCACAUUUGCACUGCUGUUUUGGUGCUGCUUGAUCCCAUGUACAGGAAGCUUUUACUGACGGGUCAGCCACAGGCUGGAAAGCUGAGAAGCUUCCUGGCUGCUCUGGCUUUGCCACCUGGAGUCCGUGUGGGGCGAGCAGCUUCUCGGCACACUCCCUUCCAGCGAGGAUCUCUGCCCUUUGCAGAACUGCACUUUCCACCCCAGUCCUGAACUCUGGAUGCUGCUUCUCUAACACCGUUAAAGGUGUCUUCCUUAAAACUGUUUUUAUGUGAGUGGUGUCCCUCAAGGGUCCAUACUGGGACCAAUAGUGUUUAAUGUCAUCAUCAGUGGUGUGUAUAGUGGGAUCGAGCGCACUCUCAGCACGUCUGUGGAUGAGACCAAGCUGAGUGGUGCAGUUGAUUCACUUGAGGAAGGAGAUGCCAUCCAGAGGGAACCUCAGGCUGAAGGAAUGGGCCCGUGUGAACACCAUGAAGUUGAAUAGGGUCAAGUGCAAGUCCUGCAAUCUGGGUUUGGGGCAACCCUUGCAGAAGAUGAGGCUGUGGGGUGACCUUAUUAUGUCUUUUCAAUAUAUAAAGAGGGCUUGUAAGAAAGAGAGACAGGGGCUUUUUACCAAACCUUAUCACCACAGGGAAGGGGGAAGGGUUUUACCCUGAAAGAGGGAAGAUUGAGCUGAGAUGUGGGGAAGAACUUGUUUGCUGUGAGGGGGGGAGAGCCUGGCCCAGGUUGGCCAGAGAAGCUGUGGCUGCCCC